AUGCUUCGAAUUCAAUCAAGAGAUGACCUGUUAACAGUACAAAUAGCAAAUCACACACAUGCAUAUUCGUAUAAGCCGUCUUUAUCCAAACAUUAUUUUGGAAAUGACACAGUUAUUCUUACAGCAAAUAGCAGCUUCUCGGUCAGUCAAUAUGGUGUUGGAUAUGACUUUGAUAACAUAAAUGGAGAUCCAUUCAUGGCAGUUGUCCCAGGGGUUAACCAAUAUCUGAAUGAUUAUAAGUUUUCUGUACCUGUUGGAUACUAUGAUGUCAAAUCUAAUGUGGCAAUUAUCAUACCAAGAUUACAUCAAACAGGUCUAACACUUGAUGGCCUUUCAUUGCAGGCGUAUAAUAAUGGGCCACGAAAAACGUUCAAUGUCCCUCCACCUUUUGAUAACUAUGUUAUCAACGUUUUCGAAAUAAAGGCAGGAUACCAUCAUUUUGCUCAUUCCUUGCAAUGGAUAAAAUUUGGCGUAUUUGUUUACGGUCUAGGACGUCACAUUGGCUUCGGUUUAGGGUAUGGGUUCUAUCCGGGAUAUGAUUUGAAAGGAGGCUGCUUGCAUUCAACACCAUUACCUACGCAUACAGUUACUACGACGACAUCAACAACUUCAAACUUUCAGACAACAAGGGCUACCACUGUGACCUCACGAAUGUUUGGACCCACAUGCUAUAAUUGUGAUGACUUAACUCAUGCAGGCUUGUGUGAUACAGUACACCAGUGCAACACAAAUGAGAUAUGCUUCAUUGAAAGGUUUGAACAAUAUGGGCGGAUGAGGUUCAUAGCAGGCUGCAUUGAAGAGAAAACAUGCUACCUAAAACGGAAUGAUUUGAACGGAUCUGAUGAUCUUUGUUUUGAUUGUUGCCAUGGUAAUUUUUGUAACAACAAAGGAUGUGGAGAAAAUGACAUACCGGACAGACAAAAUAGGGGACCAAUAUGCUUUGACUGCGAGCACGUGAGAUCCCCUGCUGAAUGCGAACAUAUAACUCCUCGCGAGUCACACCAGAGUUGUAGCAUCGAGGAGUAUGAAUGGUUUGGUUCUACUCAUUUUAAGCUUGGAUGUGGUCAUGGAUCGUGUGGAUUUGAAAGCGACGACGGGAAUGUCUCAUUGAAGAGAGCGACACCUAUUUGCCAUUCGUGUUGUACGGAAGACUACUGUAACACAAAUUGCACUACACAUAACCAUGGUGGAUCAAUAAUAAUUGGAUAAUAGAAAAAAAACUGUCAUGUUCCACAUUGUAAUGUUCCACAUUAAAUAAUAAAGCAUGA